ACAACAAACAAAAACAAAAAGAAGAAGUACUAUCAACAAUAUCUCUAUAAACAAAGAAAUAUGAAGGCAUUGGUGAUAUGUUUGCUAGUGAUUUUCGCCGCGGUGAUUGCGGUACCAGUGGAGAGUCGUCGGAAGCAUCUAGACUAUGGUGUGAUUACCAAGUGCGCUGGUCCUAAUCCUCCUCCAGGAUGCUAUCCUCCCGGAGCCCAACAGAAGAAUCCUACUCCUGCUAACGAGUAUAGACGUGGCUGCAGCAAAAUUACUCGGUGCAAGCGCGAUUGAACCGAAGUGACGUUCAUCAUUUAAACUGAUUCUUCAUAUCUAUGAGCUCCGUACGUAUAUGCUUUAACA